UGCCGCCCCCACAGACCUCCGGAAGAAGCUGCUGAGCGACCUGAUGGCGGCGGGCGUGGACUCGAAGGCCGAGAAAAGGAGGAAGGACAGCGAGCUCGGAGGAGACAAGGAGGGCGUCGGGCAGUGCCACUUGGGCGGCCGCGCGCUGUUUUUGAUGCUGUUCCUGCUGAUUCCCGCGGUCAUGCUCAUCGUGUGGCUGCUGGUGGGCCUCGCGACCUCGCCCGUGCCCUACCCGCUGGAGAACAUCGACGUCGAGGCCGACGACCUGUCCCUGCUGGCGGCGGAGCCGGCCUACGCCCUUGUGGAGGAGUUCCUCGAGGCCGAGGACAGCGAGAUCAUGCGACUGCAGCUGGCGAGCGCCAUGGAGGAAGCGUCGAAGGACAUCCAGCAGAUCGUGGCCAGCGUUUCGGACGAGGCGGACUCCGCGCCCCUCAACAUCGACGUCGAGGAGGAAGUGCACCUCCUCAAGGACAUCAUGAGCGUCCUUUCCGACACGUCCGAAGAAAACAAUGCGGAUGGCAGGCACGCUGGAGGAGCAUGA